AUGUUCCUUUACAUUUUACUUUUUAUCUAUCUAUCUAUCUAUCUAUCUAUCUAUCUAUCUAUCUAUCUAUCUAUCUAUAGGUGUUCAUUUCUAUCUAUCCAUCCAUCUCCUAUUGAGCUAGCUAACAGUCUUUCAUAUCUCAGAUUUUUCUAUUUUUCGUCUUCUGGUUGUUUUAUUCCUGUUCUCUUUUCAUUUAUUUUUCUUUUUUUUUUAAUACUAAUGUCGUUUCCUCUUUUUGAUUUGUUCUUUCUUUCUUUCUUUCUUUCUUUUUACUUCUCUUUCCCUUUGUUCUUCUUUUCUCUUUGCUGCUAUCAACAUUUUAUUUACGUUCUUUCUUUCUUUCUUUCUUUCUUUCUUUCUUUCUUUCUUUCUUUCUUUGUUAACACCUUCCUAUUCCUUCUUCCUCUUUGUUUGUUUGUUUGUUUGUUUCUUUCUUUCUUUCUUUUUGCAUCCAGUUCCGUUUUCUUUUUUAAUCAGUUCCUUUUCUUUUUUCUUUUCAUUUUUUAUGAUUUUGCUGCUAUCUAUAUUUCUUUUCUUUCUUUCUUUCUUUCUUCCGUUUUUUUUCUUGUUUCAAACACAUUUCUCUUUUCCUUUUUACUUUCUAGUUUUCUUUCUGUGGUUCUUAUCCUUUUCUCUUCUUUUUUUUUAAUCUUCGUUCUUAUUUCUGUUCGCAUUUGCAAACUGGACAUCUAUCUAUCUAUCUAUCUAUCUAUCUAUCUAUCUAUCUAUCUAUCUAUCUAUCUAUCUAUUCAAAAUUAUAUUCAAGAAUAA